CGCAUCUUUCUGCAGGUAACAAAGGUGAGCAACCUGGGUUACUGCAGUCCCUGUUUAGAGCUGCAAGUCCUUCGCUUUGCGUUCAUCAUGUUCCAGAGAGGGACCACCAACGAGCUCAUUCUUUCGCGUGGGCGUACCGCAAGAGGAGAUGUCCUUACAUGCUCGUUACGCCAAUUGGACCGCACACUGAGUUGUCCGGAUUGAGGAGCGUCAAGAUGCCGCUCAAAUGACAGACGACGACCCAUUUUCUGAUUGAGGCGGAGCGCAUUGCCACUUUUCCAGUCGACAAGGGUUCACUUUCAAGACUGCAUGUGGUGCCAAGCUCUAUCAUGAAGCCGGGGUCUAAACAAAGUUCAAGUUGGUCGGCGACUUGAAGUUCGUGUUCUAAGUGCCAUAAAAGAGAGUCGUGGGCCGACUUCAAGGGAACUGCACCGACGUCUGUCUGGAAUAUCUGAGGGAACACUAACAGGAGACCUCACGCAGCUGGCGGUUGGACUCGAUCCCCCUACCUCACCGGACCCACCGCUCUUCUUCGUCGAUGGCGGGAUGAGACUGGAAGAAGAGCCUUCGAAGUAUGGCCUCAGGAAACGCCAAGAGGUUAGUUCUACCUUCUUUUCCAUUUUAAGUGAAUCAAUAAAAAUGCUUCGUUGAGCUGAAGUUAAACUCACGUACUCAGUAAAUGAUACUCCUUCCUUUGCAGGUGGAAAAGGACUGGCCAUUGAAACAUGUCCCAAGGAAACAUCAGGAGAUGGGAUGGGGAAUGGAAGAAGUGCAUUCCAAGUAUACGCUCGCGAAACACCAAAGUAAAAUGUCCUCUUUAUUCUGCACAUAUGAUAUGGGCCUGGAAGGAGGGUCUUCGCGAAACACCAAAGGUAGAAAGGGACUGGAAGAAGGGACCGCGAAAUAUGUCAUCAGGAAACAUGAGCAGACUGAGACGAAGACUGAGAAGAAACUCUGAAAUUGUGCAUCAGAAAAUGCCGAGGCGGCCUGGGAUAGGGAGAAAAAAAAAACUCCGAAAUUUUGCCUUAGACAACAGCAAGAGACUGAGACGAAGACUGAGAAGAAACUCUGAAAUUGUGCAUCAGAAAAUGCCGAGGAGGCCUGGGAUAGGGAGAAAACAACUCCGAAAUUUUGCCUUACAGAACAGCAAGAGACUGAGACGAAGACUGAGAAGAAACUCUGAAAUUGUGCAUCAGAAAAUGCCGAGGAGGCCUGGGAUAGGGAGAAAAAAAACUCCGAAAUUUUGCCUUAGACAACAGCAAGAGACUGAGAAGAAGACUGAGAAGAAACUCUGAAAUUGUGCCUCAGAAAACGCCAAGAGGAGGCCUGGGAUAGGGAGAAAAAAACUCAGAAAUUUUGCCUUAGACAACAGCAAGAGGUC